AAUCAGUUGUUGCUGGUCAUUCAAGUGACAUUGAUCAGAAUGAGUAUUCAGGAUACCAUAGGACCAGAAAAAAUGGAAGAGAUAUUGGUGUCUCAUUUAAAAGAGAAUAAAAUUUUUCGGGAAGGACCACAACCAUGGACUAUUCGUCGCUCAUCAUUGGGUGGUCGGGGUAUGUUUGCAACUCGAAACAUUGAACAGAAUGAAUUGAUUUUCAUUGAUGCACCUCUAAUAAUUGGGCCAAGAAGCGUGGGUAAACAUUUACAAAUGUGUGUAUGUUGUUACAAGAACGAGUGCCCAUUAUUUCCGUGUGACAGAGGUUGCGGUCUGCCAGUUUGUUCAAAUCAAUGUGAAAAUUCACCGAAGCACGUGAAUUACGAGUGUGAAUAUCUAAGGUCAUUAGUGCCGACUUGUGGUACCGAUUGGUCCUUGGACUUAUUGGUAGCUGUGAUACCGAUUCGUGCGCUGUUCAUGACGGAACAACAGCGUAAAUGUUUGGCCGCACUUCAAUACGAUGAAACUCUGAAUGUCGAUCAUGAGGUUGGAUUACUUAAAAAAAAUGUGGCAAACUCUCCGAGCAAGAAAGAUAUGGAACUGAUGAAACGUGUAUGUGAAGUUUUUAAUACGAAUUCAUUUGAAACUGUAUGUGUUCACGACAAAGACCAUUUUGUAAGUUUACGAGGACUUUAUCCUAUGGGAUCAUUGCAAAACCACUGUUGCAUACCGAAUACAAGGCAUCAUUUUGAUGGGGAUUAUCGACUAUAUGUUAGUGCUGCACUUCCAAUUUCUGCUGGAGAAGAGAUCACCAUGAGUUACACUUCAUUAUUUUGGGAUACAACACUACGACGACAAUUUUUAAGCAUGACCAAACAUUUUGCUUGCAUAUGUAAAAGAUGUAGUGAUCCUACGGAAUUUAGUUCUCAGUUAGGUGCACUUUUUUGUGCAUCUGAAAAAUGUUUUGGACAUUUAUUACCUCGAAAUCCUCUUAAUAUGGAAACUUCUUGGAUCUGUGAUACAUGUACCACAACCAUAAAUCAUCGACAGUUACGUUCGAUUCGUUCAGGUAUAGCAGCUGUCGUUGAGGAAAUUCUAUACAAAACAUCACGUCAAAUUUUACGAUUUAUGCAAAAAGAACUUUCAGUUUUAGUUCCUUGGUGCAAUUAUCUUAUUAUAGACGUGAAGUUUCGAAUUAUUUCGUAUUUCGGUAGAAGUGAUGGCCUCGAAUGGAAAGAUCUAAGUGAUAAUGAACUGGAUAUGAAGGCAAAUUACUGUAACGAUUUACUUUCUAUGUUGGAUGUUUUAAAUUGUGGUGAUUGUAAAAAAAGAGGUCUUAUUUUAUAUGAAUUAUAUUGCACAAAUCUUGAGAAGAUGAAGCGACUUAAACAACAAGUAAAUAUUGAAAUGGUUGAUGAAAAUCAAAACCUAUUAAAAAAAGCAAUGGUUAUACUGCAAAAUGAUAUUGUUACAGUUACUACAUUCAAACAUGAUCAAAAAUAUUUUGAGCAGCUAAUUACUGUAUAA